GGAAAACCCCAUCCUUUAGGUUUUAAACAAACGAAUUAGAAUUAGAGGCAUAAAAUCGUUUUAGCCACCUGCUUUUGCUUUCAAUGCCAGACUGCAACUGUUACCCCCUCAAUACUUCUCUCAAUUCCUCCAUACCUUAGCUGUUUUAUUUUGAAAGGAAAAGGAAACAAUAAGCUUUUAUUGACACAUCCUCGUUCCCCAUUGGCUGACGUCGUGACGCUGUACGUGCGUAGGCGCUUCCUCAACUUGACUGCCUGCAAGCCGAAACAUUGAAGAUGGCUGGUCACCGGUUGGUCCUGGUGUUAGGUGACCUGCACAUCCCUCACCGAUGCAACACGUUGCCAGCCAAGUUCAAAAAACUGUUAGUGCCGGGGAAGAUCCAGCACAUUCUCUGCACAGGGAACCUCUGCACCAAGGAGAGCUAUGACUACCUGAAAACCCUCGCUGGGGACGUCCACAUCGUCAGAGGAGACUUUGAUGAGAACCUGAACUACCCAGAGCAGAAGGUGGUCACAGUGGGCCAGUUUAAGAUUGGACUCAUCCACGGCCAUCAAGUGAUCCCCUGGGGCGACAUGGCCAGCCUGGCACUCCUCCAGAGACAACUCGACGUUGACAUCCUUAUCUCUGGGCACACACACAAGUUUGAGGCAUUUGAGAAUGAAAAUAAGUUUUACAUAAACCCUGGUUCUGCAACUGGAGCCUACAGCGCCCUGGAAAGCAACAUCAUCCCCUCUUUUGUAUUAAUGGACAUCCAGGCAUCUACAGUGGUCACGUACGUUUAUCAGCUGAUCGGCGAUGACGUCAAGGUGGAGCGAAUUGAGUACAAGAAAUCUUAAAGGAGAGCACAAAGAGAUGGAGAAAAAUUUGCAUUAACAAGGCUGAUUAUAUUUCAUUCCUGUCCACCAGGGGGCGCAGCUCCCUCAGAGUCACCACAGUGUUAAUGCUAUAACUUCUGUAAGUUAACUCUAAAAGACCUGUGUAUUAUAUUGUUUAUAUGUCAUCAGCAUUUGCUUAUACCUGAGCUGUCUUUUGGUAACUGUAGAGAAUGCAAUAAUAUUGGGUGCCAUUUUCUUUUCUUUGGGUUUUUUUGUUGUUGUUUUAAUAAACACCCUCCUCACAUCCUGUACAUGUAACAGGCCAUUGCUUCCUGUAGUUAGCCUCCUUUUAUUCAUUUCUUUCCCACAAUAAAGAUGUAAUUUCACUCCA